GUCCAGCAGCGGAUUGGCUACUGUCCCCAAUUUGAUGCACUUUUGGAUCACAUGACCGGGAGGGAGACCUUGAGCAUGUACGCCCGACUGCGGGGCAUCCCCGAACGCUACAUCGGCAGCUGUGUGGAGAACAUGCUUCGUGGGUUGCUCUUAGAACCUUACGCCAACAAACUCAUCCGCACGUUCAGUGGUGGGAACAAGCGGAAACUGAGUGCAGGAAUCUCUCUCAUUGGUGGACCUCCUGUGGUGUUCCUGGAUGAACCUUCCACCGGCAUGGACCCUGUUGCCAGGCGCCUAUUAUGGGAUGCAGUCGCUCGGACACGGGAGUGUGGGAAGUCCAUCAUUAUCACAUCUCACAGCAUGGAAGAAUGUGAGGCUCUCUGCACCAGGCUGGCCAUCAUGGUCAACGGGCAGUUCAAGUGCCUGGGUAGCCCUCAGCAUCUGAAGAGCAAGUUUGGCAGUGGCUAUACGCUGCUGGCCAAGACCCACUGCGAUGAAGAAGGCCACGUAGAAGACUUCAAGGCCUUUGUGGAGAAGACAUUUCCCGACAGCAUCCUGAAGCAUGAACACCAGGGGAUGGUCCACUACCACCUCACCAAUAAGAACCUCAGUUGGGCACAGGUGUUUGGGACACUCGAGAAAGCCAAAGAGAAGUACUGCAUAGAAGAUUACUCUGUAAGCCAAAUCUCCUUGGAGCAAGUCUUCAUGAGCUUCACGCGUUUCCAGCAUUACACAGAAGAUCGUGAGAAAUGA